GCAUCAAAAAGAAAACUCUUUUCUUUGUUUCUCCUCACAAGCGAACAUUCCUUGGAAUAUCAUGCAGGAGAGAGCCUCCAUUCUCCUCCGAUUCCGAUUUGCUCUAGGAAUUUCAUCUGAGCAACAAGGUAUGUACGUAGAAUAAUCCCACUUUUUCAUCUCUUCCGUUUCUGCUUUUUACAUUACCCCGAUUUCCAAUGUUCACCACUCAUCGCCAUAGAUCCAUUCUCUAUCUCAAAGCCUUAACUUUUCCCCCAACCUCAAACCCUAACCCUAAUUUCCACCAUUUCUGCACCACUUCUUCCAAUUCAACCCCAUUCCCAGUCUCCUACCUCAUCCACAAUCUCGGCUUCUCCCCACAACUUGCUUCCAAACUUUCCUCCACAUACAGUCUUCGUUUCAAAACCAACCAAAACCCUGAUUUAGUUCUCAACUUCUUCAGAACCCAUGGUUUAUCUGAUUCCCAACUACGCCACAUGAUUGCCAAGGCACCAUGGCUACUUUCCUGUGACCCCUUCAAAAGGGUCUUACCAAAGUUUCAAUUUUUUCUCUCUAAAGGCGCUUCCACCUCUGACAUUGUUAACCUUGUCACUAAGUGCCCUGCGAUUCUCUCUCCAAGCCUGGAGAAUCAUAUAGUCCCAACCUAUGAAUUUCUCAGUAGAUUCUUGCAAUCUCACAAGGACAUUGUUGCUUAUGCAAUUCAAAAUCAUGUUUUAUUUAGUCGCCAUAACGUGUCACGUAACGUUAGAAUGUUGAUUGAGAGUGGAGUUCCGGAGUCGAGCAUUUCUAGAUUGCUUCGGAUGAAUAGCAAGGUACUCAACAGCACAAAAGGCCUUCUGAAGCUUGUGGAGGAAGUAAAGGAGUUGGGGUUUAAUCCUUCGCAUUCACAUUUCUCAAUAGCUUUGCAUGCCAAAAGAACAGUAUUGGAAGCCAGGUGGAAAGAGAAAGUUGAUGCCUUUAAGAAAUGGGGUUGGUCGGAUGAAGAUGUUCUAGAAGCAUUUCGAAAGCAUCCUCAUUGUAUGUUAGCUUCUGUUGAUAAAAUUAACAUAAUAAUGAACUUUUGGGUCAAUCAGUUGGGUUGGGAUGCUAUGGCCAUUGCUAAUGUACCAAGGAUUUUGGGGGCCAGUAUGGAGAGAAAGAUCAUACCAAGGUCCUCAGUUCUGCAAUAUCUUCUGAAGAAUGGUUUGCUAAAAGAGAAAGCAAGUUUAACUUCUCCAUUUCUAGUCGGCGAUGAGACGUUCAUUGAAAAAUAUAUAAUGCCUUUUAAGGAGGACUCUUCUUAUCUCGUUAAGCUUUAUGAAGAAAAACUGAAUCUUGCACAAGACAAGGACAACAAAGAUGGCAUGAUAUGAACAAAUUUACAGCUCGUGCCUAAACAGUUGUGUUAAUGCACUGUAAAUCAAAAGCACGGUGAAGCGAAGGACCGAGUUAAAUCAUCACUGAAGUGAAACGAAGCAUGACAAGGUGCAGGGUAGACAAAUAUUUACUUCUGCACUGAUCUAUCAUUUCAAGACAGACUUAAGAGUAAGGACUAUUAGUCCAUAAAUUUUCUAACGAUGAGGAUGUUGAAAGAUGUAAAACCAAUGUGAGAAAAAUAUGAUGUGGAUGAAUUGUUUGAGUAAGGUAUGUAAUAUGAAGAGCAUAUCAAUAAAUCAUAUCAUAUCACAAGUAUCAUGUCUCAUGUCUAAUACUAGGAAAUAUCAUAAUAAUACCAUAUCAUAUCCAAACAUCAUGUGUAUCAAUCAUAUCACAUUUGCAAAUACUUAUUUCAUAAGUACUUAUUUAAAGGUAACCAACAAAAAGUCACAUCUCUUGACAUGAAAUAUCAUUGUUUCAUGCAUAACCAACCCUUUAGAUUUUAUUCAAAGUUUAUAAAGAAGUUAAAGGGCUCAUGAAUGGAGCACUUAAAAUGGUGGAGCUGCUCUCUGGUUAAACAGCGCCGAGUUUCUGGUGAGACGAGAAUAACACGGAAUCAUAAGCUUCAAAAGACGGGGUGAAGGUUGACUCUCAAUGUCUCCCAACAUCACGUCCAAAGCUCGACCGACCGCAUAAUAGCGGUCUGGUGUAGCACAAACAUAAGCCAAAUCAUCGUCAUCUAAAAGAAUUUUCUCAACAAUAAAUGUUGCAACCUAUGUAACAUAAAAAUUUCAUUAGAAGUUAUAAUUGGUAGUAUUUGCUAAUUGAAAACAGUUCAACUAUUCAACUGCCUUAGUAUUACAAUUCAAGUAACUUUUUAUAUAUUUCUCGCAUUCAUAACAAAACUGUAAAUAAGUGUCUA